GCCUCUGAACCGCGCCGGAGAAAUUGCAGCGACAAAUAAUUUGCAUCUCCCAAUUACCCGAGCUUGCGGUCUGAGAUAAACCAACAAAUUCGCGGCGCCAGAAAGCUAUUCACGCGAUUGAGAAGAAGGCAAGCAUCGCUGUUCACCUGCUUGAUUCAGUUAACAUAGCAGCGCUCGUAUUCUACACGCGCGUCUCGACGUCACCACGCAAUCCAACCGCGCCUGGCCGACACCCAAGCCAUUCGCUGGCCCGGAGGAUUGACACUUUCGCACGCGCUUUUCACCGGCAGUUACCACCAACAUGGGCAAUCAAAUAUCCAAAAUGAUGGGGAAGAUCUUCGGAUCUAGGGAAAUGCGACUGUUGAUGCUGGGCCUUGAUGCCGCAGGCAAGACAACGAUUCUUUACAAGUUGAAACUCAAUCAAGAUGUCACCACGAUUCCUACCGUUGGAUUCAACGUCGAAACGGUCACAUAUAAGAAUGUCAAGUUCAAUGUCUGGGAUGUGGGUGGACAAGACAAGAUUCGACCACUUUGGCGACACUAUUUCUCCGGCACACAAGGCCUAAUCUUCGUGGUUGACUCGAACGAUCGAGCGCGGAUUGAUGAAGCCAGGCAAGAGCUGCACAGGAUCAUACUUGACCGAGAAAUGAAAGAGGCACUUCUGCUGGUUUUCGCCAACAAACAGGACAUUCCAGGCUCCAUGACGCCGACUGAAGUCACGGAGAAGUUGAGACUCGGCCAAUUGAAGGAACGAAUAUGGUACGUGGUGCCUAGUUGCGCUACCACCGGCGAAGGAUUGCUCGAAGGACUGAGUUGGCUGUCAACGAACGUCAAGUCACAACCACGACCAGCAGCAGCCAAAUGAACAGCAUUGAUCUUUGAAUGAGAUUGCGAAAGAGGAGAUGAUGUGCGGAUUGAUUUACGGUUUUCGACAUUCGCCGAUGAGCUGGACAUCAUCGAUUAUGAUACCAAUUUGCAAGCGUUCUCGAGAGGCUGUUCUUGAGCGGAUUUUUGCGGGCUCCAUACGCGACGUCGUUACUGCAUCGUGUGGAGUAUUUGCUGUGCGGAUGAUUGUGCGUAUGAGGAAAAAGCGCAUCACAGAAUGAAGUGCGGAGUGUGGGUACAAAUAUUGGAGGAUGUCCAUUGCGCAAUGGCAACUAAAGGAAUGUGAAAACUGCUCUGAGCUCACCCUAAUUGUACACUAGUCUAAUGAUACAGCUUCUGGCUCAGGUUCAUCAUGACUUCUGUCCUUCAAGUCACUCUUGACCUCUCUCCUGCUUGUAGAAUUCAUGCAC